AUGACCUCCGCUGCUACAGCUUCCGCGCUCAUCCGCGCACCUGCUUGCGCCGCCGCAGCAUCUCCAUUCCCCAUGGCCGCCUCCGCCGCCAGUUCCGCCGCAACUUCCUCGGCUGCCCGUUACUUCUCCGCAUCCUUCGCGCGCCCUUCCAGCCUCUCCUAUCGCUCUUCCGCCCCCCUGUCCGCAAGUCUCUCCGCGUCUUCCGCCAUCGCCAGUACCUCCGCCAUCUCCGCAUCCUUCCGCAGUUCCGCGUAUGCGCCUCUCUCCGCGUCUCAUUCUUCCUUUCGCCAUGUCAGCGCGUCGGCCGCGUCGACCCCUGAAUCGGGUCCUGCGGAGUCGGAGGAAGUUAAAGCCACCGGCACUUCCGGAAGCGUAGACUCCGACACGGACGCGUUUUCGGAAACCGAAACCGUUUCCGCGACUAACGGGGCGGCUAGUAACGGGGUAGCGGCGAGCACCAGCAGCGCGACUAGCAGCGCGAGCAUCGCGAGCGGCGAAGGCGGCGCGAGCGGCGAUGUGGCGGUGCCGAUCGAGCUUGAGUAUGUGCCGCUGGCGGGGUUCCGGAAGCUCGGCGCGCAGCUGAAGAUGCUUGUGGAGUGGCCGUGGCGACGCGUUAAGAAGAACUCGGUUCUGUACAUGCGACUCAAGGGCAAUAUUCCCGAGAUGGUGGGGUCCUCCUUCUCCCCGUCGCUCUCCCUCCCCGCGAUUUGCGACAAUCUGCGCAAGGCAGCCGUGGAUCCACGUGUCUCCGCACUGCUGCUCCACGUGGACCCGCUGCAGUGCGGCUGGGGCAAGCUGCAGGAGAUUGCUCGCCACGUGGCGCACUUUCGCAAGUCAGGCAAGCCUUGUAUCGCGUACAUGACGGUGGGCGGAGAGCAAGAGUACUUUAUUGCGUCCGCGUGCGAGGAGAUCUACGCUCCCCCCGGCGCUUACCUCUCCCUGCGCGGACUGGCCGUGCAGGGGCAGUUCCUUGGGGGCGUGUUGCAGAAGGCGGGAGUGCAGCCACAAAUCGAGCGCAUCGGCAAGUACAAGAGCGCGGGCGACCAGCUGGCACGGUCAGACAUGAGCGAGCCCAACCGCGAGAUGCUCACCGCUAUUCUGGACGACUUUUACUCUACCUGGACGGCUGCUGUGGCUGAGAACAGAGGGGUGGGGCAGGAGGCAGUGCAGCAGCUGCUGCAGGACGGAGUACAGGAGGUGGAGGAGCUCAAGAGCAGGGGAUUCCUCACUGACGUCAUCUACGGCAUCCAGGUGGAGGAGCUGUUGAAGGAGCGGUUGGGGCAGGACAAGGAGAAGCCUCUGCAAUCCGUGGACGCCAAGAAGUACGGAAAAGUAUCGCCCUCGACAGUGGGGCUGGGCGGGAAGGAGCGCAUCGCAGUGCUGCGUGCAGUGGGGGCGAUAUCGCAGGGCAAGGAGCGCGGCGGCGGCAUGGGAGGGGGUGGCGUGAAGAGCGAGAGCAUCAUUGAGAAGCUGCGGAUGGUGAAGGAGAACAAGCAGUUUAAGGCACUCGUGCUGCGGAUUGACAGUCCGGGAGGAGACGCCCUUGCAUCUGACCUCAUGUGGAACGAGAUUCGGGAGCUAGCCAAGGUGAAGCCUGUGGUGGCGUGCAUGUCGGAUGUGGCAGCCAGCGGCGGGUACUACAUGGCCAUGGCCGCUCCACACAUUGUUGCCGAGCCCCUCACGCUCACCGGCUCCAUCGGAGUCGUCACAGGCAAGUUCAGCCUGGGCGAGCUGUACGGGCGCAUAGGCUUCAACAAGGAGAUCAUCUCUCGCGGCCGAUUUGCAGAGCUCAAUGCAGACCAGCGCCCCUUCACCCCGGACGAGGAGGAGUACUUCGCCAAGGGGGCCAAGAUCGCAUACCAGCGCUUCAGGAACAAGGCAGCCCUGUCUCGCUCCAUGCAGGAGGAGGAUAUGGAGGCAGUGGCACAGGGAAGGGUCUGGACAGGCCAGGCCGCCCACAAGGCCAACCUAGUGGAUUCUCUCGGAGGCUUCUGGUCCGCUGUGCAGGUCGCCAAAUCUAAGGCUGGCAUCGACCUAUCUCAACGCGUGCGCAUCGUCGAGCUCUCGCGAUCUCAGCCGUCCAUCACCGCUCUGCUGUCAGGAGGUGCCCAGUCGGUCCUCUCCCUGUCUGGCUUCUUCGGCCCUGAAGCUCGCGCCGAGGCGCUCCGUUCCCUUGCAGCGGAUAUGUUGCUUUCUCCGAGCCUGGGAGCCAGCCUCGGUGCCAGCCUCGGCACCAGCGGCAGCAGCUUCGGAAACUUGCUUUCUGGGGGAAUUGACGCGAGCAUGGGUGGCGUACUCGUUACAGGCAGCUCCGGUACAGUGAACAGCAGCCUGAACACUGUGGGUGUACAAGCAGUCAUGGAAGGGGAUAUUGCCGUCCGGGGAAGCGGUAGUGAGACAGCAGCAGCUAUUUACAGUGGCGCUGAUGGUUCGGCUGGUCUAGCAGAGCUGGCUGUGCUGCUUUCCCCUGCUGCAGCCGCACUAGGGGGUGCUCUGGGCCAGAGCGCUAAUGUGGAAGAAGGGAGGAGUGUCGCAGCCACUGAAAACGACUCUGUAGAUGUGCAGUAA